UUUAUAAUAUUUUCCGACUGCCUCCCUUAAGUUGUAUAAAUUACACACAAACCCUCAUCAUUUUCUCACCGGAGUUUUCCAUUUUCUCAUCGGAGUUUUUCAUUUUCUCAUCGGAGUAUUUCACUUUCUCGGAUUCCAAACAGAACUCUGCACCAGAAGCCAUGGCUUCUUCUUCUUCUUCUUCUUCUUCGUCGAAUCGCCUUCGAGUAGGCUACGCUUUUCCUCCUAACAAAGAGCGCAAUGUGAUUCGCCCUUCUCUCGUUGAUUACGCCAAGCUCCAUGGUGUCGACCUGGUUCGUAUCGAUCUCCAAACGCCGCUCCUCCACCAAGGUCCAUUUCAUUGCAUUAUUCACAAACUCUAUGACGAUGCUUGGGCGGAGCAUCUGCAGGACUUCGCCUCGAAGAAUCCGGACGUCGUUGUCGUGGAUCGACCGGACCUAAUCGCUCGACUCUAUGACAGAGUCUCCAUGCUUGAUGUGGUAAGCCAGGUGAAGGCUUCGGACAGCGGCGUGAGGAUCGAGGUACCGAAACAGAUCGUUCUGAAACAGGAGGAUGGAGAAAUCGAUUCGAUUAGGGAUUUGGAUGUGAAAUUUCCAGUGAUUGCGAAACCGUUGGCGUCGGAUGGAAGUGCGAAAUCGCAUGAAAUGUCUCUUGUUUUCAAUCGACGCGGAUUAAAGGAUUUGGAAACGCCGGUGCUUCUACAGGAGUUUGUGAACCACGGCGGAGUAAUGUUCAAAGUAUACGUCGCUGGAGAGGAAUCCGUGUGCGUGAAGCGGAAAUCGCUGCCGGAUGUGGCGGAGACAGAGGAGGAACUAGAGAAGAAACCAGACGGCGCGAUGAAAUUUUCGCAAAUAUCUAGGGCAGAGGAGAAGAGCGAAAAAUGUAACGGCGCUGAGAAGAAGGCGGCGGCGGAGGAGGAAGAAGAGAUCGAAAUGCCGCCGGAGAAGAUAGUUAGGGAGGUAUCGAAUGGGCUGAGGGAAGCGAUGGGGAUUAGGCUGUUCAAUUUCGACAUGAUUAGGGACGGGAAUGGUACAUACUAUGUGAUAGACAUAAAUUACUUACCAGGAUUUGCAGUACUGCCGGAGUACGAGCAAUUUCUGACGAAGUUCUUCAAGGAAGUUGCAGAGAAGGAGAAGAAGAAGAAGGUGGAAGAGGAUGAUUCCGCCAUUGAAGACGGUAAAGCAAAACCGCGGUGCUGCUGUUUCCAAUGAACGUGGGCAUUAAAU